AUGCGAGGAGGAGGAGCUUUUGCUGGAGUUGCGCUCGCGACAAUAUGUGGUGUAGCUACUGGUCGGUUCAAACUCCAUCUCUCCAGCACAUUCUUCACUGACUUCCGCUCAGCAUACACCACCUUGCAGCCAGCGUUCCAGCAGCAGAAGGAAGAAAGAGAAGGGACUUUUAGCGAGAAGCAUAGAAGACCAGCGGACCAGGAGAACGCGAUCAGUCGAGCCAUCGCGAGCGACUUCAAGGAAGCGAAAGCGGAAGUAGAGAAGUCCUACGGCGGCACACGUGGCAAUGGCGGUGUUGCCUGGGGCAUCCGGCAAGCGCUAUUCGGAAAAGAGCCCGACGGACGCACGCAGAAAGACCAAACGCCACAAGAGAACACAACAGAGAACGCGGCGAAGGAACCUGGAGACAAAUCAUGA